UACGAUGAUUGAAGCAACAGGACAAUCGAUGAAGACGAACCGUCCAACGAACCAGCGAAACCGCGCGAAAAAAGGCCAUGCAUGCGUGCGUUGGAGCAGAGCCAAGAAUGGAGGACCGCUAGCUAGCUGUUGGCAUGCAUGCAUAAAAGGCCCCUGCCGGCAGCCCUUACCCUCCUUCCCAACACUGACGACGUUGGCAAGAGAGGAGGGCCGGCGUCGGCGUGCCUAGCUCGAUCUUGAACCAUAGCUAGCCAGCAUGGCGCCCAGCAGCAGCAUAGCAGUACUGCUGCUCCUCGUCGUCGCCGUCGUCCUCUCCAACGUCCCCUCCUCGGGCGCCCUGGCCUCCUCGUCGUCGUCUCUGCUGCACCAGUCGUCUCCGUCUGAGAGUGAGACUGAGACCGACAGUAGCAGCGGAGAAUCUACUUCGUCGUCGUCGUCGGAAGAGGCCGGCGAGAAGGAGAAGGAGAAGGAGCAGGAGAUGGAGAAGGCGGUCGCGGCGGAGAAGGCUGCCCAGCAGGAGCUGCUCAAGUACGCCAAGGAGAAGGGCAUCGUGUCACCGACCAACGGCACGGGGUGGUACAAGGGCAUCGCCCGGGAGUUCGUGGACGCCCACAACGAGCUCCGCGCGCGCUACGGCGUGCCGCCCAUGAAGUGGGACAGGAAGCUGGCGCGGCAGGCGCGGCGCUGGUCCAACCGCAUGCGCAAGGACUGCGAGCUCGUCCACAGCGGCCACAAGUACGGCGAGAGCCUGUUCAGGAGCCACGACGACUGGAACGCCACCGCCAAGGAGGCCGUCUUCUGGUGGGGCAAGGAGGAGUCCAUCUACGACAGGGACACGGAGCAGUGCACAGGCGGCAGGGCGUACAAGGAGUGCGGCCACUUCGCGCUCAUGGUCGGCAAGAGGAGCACCAAGGUGGGAUGCGCACGAGCAGAGUGCUUCAAGGGAGGCGUCUUCAUCACAUGCAACUACUAUGCCACGGACCUCAAGAAGAAGAACAAGAAGAAGAAGAAGAGCACCACCAACUGAACUCAUGAUUUCCAGCUAGCUUCUUCCAGUUUUGAGCCAAGCAUGGAUCUUGUACAAUUAAUUGAUCUCAGUAUACCUUCAAAAUUAUCAUCACUACAAUAUAUAAUUCGCCCAAGCAUAGAUAUAUAAUAAUCAAUCAGUUCAUCCAUA